CCCGGCAGGUGGUACGGCUGCGCUGGGCCGUAUGUAGGUACCUACUAGAUGUUGACUGUUGUCACAUGUCGGCCGUCGUUGUCGGUUCGGUGACGCUCAGGGCAGCGAGGAGGAGGCGGCGUGGAAGAUGCCGAGGUACAGCGACGUUAAGCCCAGUCGUAGGUGGGGAGAGAGAGGGGACGGUUUUUCUCCACGCACCCGCAGCCCACUUUCCGGGCUCGAGGGCUCAAUCAAAUUGCCCUUCACGCAAUGGUGGUUUCAGUGCCUCGACGGGGCCAACACCCCCAAUUCCCUUCAUCAAAGUCAAUGUCCUCGCUUGGGCAAGCGGAAGCCUACCAGUGACCACGGAGCGCGCAGCUCCCGCCACAAAGCUUGGUCGGUGAGGCCACCGCUAGUGCCCAGCGCGAGCUCCAGUCCCCGGACUAGGUGCAACGUGUCGGCACGACGAGAUGGGCCGGCGCCUCAGGGACAAGGCGGCAGAAGAAGGUUGGGUGCUUCAUGGGUGCUUCAUGGGCGACAGCUGACAACUUAUCGCCCUCCUUGCCGCUGUAGGGUUCGCCGCAGGCACAGAACCAAGGACGACCUAGACGAUGACGAUGACCCACCCCCCUGACCUGGGAGAAUCAUGGCAGGCCCUUGCAUGCAUCCUCACAACUAUAGGAUGUCGUAGCCAUAGGAGCAAUUUCAACCUGUCCGGCGAUCCCAGGAACCGCGAUACCCAUGUCCCGCUGGGUCCGUCGGCCGGCAUCUUCUGCUGAGC